AAAAAACAUGGCGGGCAAAACAAAUUGUUGAAAAAUCAACACAAACAUACAGGACCCGUUUCAAAACCAGACAAUUAGGCCAUCAUAUUUGACCUUAAAUGAAGAUGUCAAACAAGAGACAAAGCAUUGCUCAAACUCCCAGGACUGCUAUAGGGGAAUACCUAGAUGCCUCAAGGACCCAUUCACAGAAAGUCAUCAGAAACAGGCAUGAAGGUCUUAUAAGGACCCCUGAGCCUUUGCAAAGGCCGAGGCAUGCUCGAGUGUCUAGCCUGCGUGGUGAAAGACGACGGACGUCCCUGUCUACAAGUGUCGACGUUGAGGACACUCCAAGACAUCUGAUUGAGGGUUUUCUUCAAGAGGAACACAGUACAGCCCCCCUGGUGAGGGUCCAACGCCGUACCUCCCAGACUGGUGUGUCGACCAGUCAGCCCCCCCGUCUGGAUGUUGGUUCACUGAGGGUUGGGUCCCGGCCAGGAGCGAGGAGGUCUAUUCGGAGGUCUGGGUCUGGGUGGCAAGAAGGUGCCAACAUGUCCAUGGGUUUUGAUAAUGACACCCCGAGGACACUGCUUCAGAAUUUUAUGAGAAACACUUCAUCGUCAAUGGAAACACCCCAGCUGUUAAGAAGGGAUGCGUCACAAGAACAUUCAUCUGGCUUGAGCUCUCCAGACAUACAGCCCCUCGUCAAUGAUACAUACCACACACCAAGCCCAUUUCGUGAGAGUUCAGAAGGUUCAAUGAUAAGCAGAUCGUCUCGGAGAGGAAGAACACCUCACAGGACAGGAAAAUUCAACAUCACCGCCCAAGAGCAGAAUUCUUCCCUGGUGAUUCCAGCCACCAACCCUAACGACUACACCGUACCGAGCCCGUUCCGGUCAACCUCGGAUUCAGAAGAUGAGGAGGUGAUACCAGACUCUCAGGCCAUACACAGUCAGACAGCCCGCAGUAGGAGGAGAGGCAGCUUCAACUUGACGGUACCAGAGAGUAUGCUUGAACAUCUGAGGUUACAGAGGUCACAGCAGGCUGACCGCCAGUCGAGGGGCAAUAGGAGUGACCACCAUUCAGGAAUCUCCUUGGCUGACCAGCACAGUGACCAGCUUGAUCAGUAUGAUGGUCAUCAGGGAGGGGAGGAAGGAUUUGACCGCAGCAGGCAAGAGAUGUUUGAAGAAGGGAAUCAGUAUCAUGAUAGAAUGGUGUAUAGAAACGAUAAUGAUGAUGUAGAUGAUGAUGAUGAUGAUGAAAGGACUGAGUAUACAAGCAGACUGGAGAAUAGGGAAAGGGAUCAUUAUGUUCAUCAAGAAAUGUAUGACAGAGAUGAUGGUCUGGAACAGUACCAAGAUGAGGAGAUGGAUGAUGAUCAGAGUGAACCUUCAGGCCAAUACAGUGAGAAAUCAGGCCAUGAUGAAUCAGAAGGCCUCAGAGAACAUGGAGGUGAUGGCUUAAAGAUUUUACCAGAAGGAGGAAUGUACAUGCUGCCAAUGAAAGUUAAUGAGAGCAGCAUGGAGGAGGAUUAUCGAAACAUGAGCCAUGUUUCAGCUAGUAGUCGCAGUGACAUGUCUAACAUUGGAAUGGCCGAAGUUGAAAAUGGGACUUAUGUUGGAAGAGAUGAGAGUGCAAGCAGAUCCCGUAGGUCGCUGUCAAAUAUGGAAAUGGCUGAUGCGGAAAGUGGGAUGUAUGUGGACAGAGAUGAUGGAGGGAACAGAUCCCGUAGGUCGCUGUCAAAUAUGGAAAUGACUGAUGCGGAAAGUAGGAUGUACGUGGGCAGAGAUGAGAGUGCAAGCAGAUCCCAUAGAUCGGUGUCAAAUAUGGAAAUGACUGAUGCGGAAAGUGGGAUGUAUGUAAAUAAAGAUGAGAGUGCGAGCAGAUCCUAUAGGUCAUUGUCAAGGUCGAGAGAUGAUCUUGCUGCCAGUAGGUCGGAUAUUAGUAGGAGAAGGCAGAGUUCAUUCUCAGCAGUGAGUCCUGAGGUUGAUACUAUGACCAGGCGCCUGAGUACAAGCGUGGACCUGGAAAAGUCCAUAAGGGGUCGUGACCAGGAGAGAAUGGGUAGAUACAGUGAGGGCCACAAAAGUAGGUUUGGUUCUCCAAGCAGGAGUGAAAAAGACUUGCGAUUAAGUGAUGGUCACUUGCAUGGGAAAGGAUCCCCAUUUGAUAUGCAGAGGUUGAACUCCAGUUACGAACAUCAAAACCGAGAGAAUCAGUCAAGAUCAGCUUCCAGAAGUUUAGGAAAUCGUUCAUCAAGGGACCUGAAUAUAAGUUCAAGGUCAAGGCACAGCAGUGGUGAAAGUUUCUCUUCUUCUAGAAAUCCUCAUACGUCAUCCAGGUCAUUUGAUGGGGUCCACAGACUUCUAUCAGGGACAGGUUUCAUGCUGAAAAUAUGGGCCAUGCUACUCUCACAGUGUUUAAUUGAUGAUAUGUACCAGUCACCGCGGAGCUUGUUAUCUGGUCGUCGGAGCCCCAGUAUUGCCUCCACCCCUCGGGUUCAAGAGGACUGGGAGUCCGGCAGCGAGCGGGGGGAUGGGAACAGCCCCCUGAAGGCGGUCACACCGUCCCCCGUCGUCUCCCCUCGAGGGGCCAGCCCUGCAAGCUCCUCCCACAGGUCACAGGGGUCAGCCAGAAUGUCAAGAGUGUCUGAUGGGUCAAGGUCAGGGUCAGUCUCAGGUGGUUCAAUGAUGUCCUCAAGGUCACAACAGCCACAGCAGUCACCUAGGACUCGAAGCCAGGGAGGUAGAACCCCACUAAGGUCAUUGACCCUGCCACAGUCGGAAUCCCAGACGAGAUCAGGGACCUUACAAAGUCAAAGGUCAACUCCAGUACUUCUAAGGUCAUCGCCAAGGCUUCAAGGGUCACCAAGUGCUUCUCUGAGGUCAACAUCAAGGUCGAUGCAAAGGUCAUCUCCACGGACACCAGGGUCAAACAAAGGCACACCUAAAUCAGAGAAAUCUGUCCUAGGCAGUAGCACUAGACGUAUGGGGCUGUCGCAGGCUUCUCCAGUUAUAGCAGGGAAAAGACAAGGAUCGGCUGAGGUGGACGCUCUUCCCCAUCAGACAAUGCUGUUUUCCCCCCCAAUAGCCUCUACCCAGAACAUCGGGGCUCUCUCCCGCCUCUCUCCCCAGCCAUCAACAUCUAGACAGAGUAGAAUCACCGACUUUGUACAGCAGACAGAAGGCGAAAAUACAAACAUAACCUCCACUGCAGCUGAAAUAACAGUAAAAAGCCCAAAGAAGAAGGUUGUGCGAAAACCUCGUCAGAAGUCUCGCUACCUGAUACCAACGACAACAGUGAAGAAACAUUUCAACCAUUUUGCCGGCAUGCGUGUGGCCAAGGACGCUAUUGAGGAGGUCAUGAAAGUGUCUGAGACGUACUGGGAUAACUUGUGUGCGGACUUGGAGGCAUAUGCCAGACAUGCAGGCAGGAAACGCAUACAGAUGGCUGACUUUGAACUGCUCUUUAAGAGGCAAGGCUAUGUAACUGAGAAGACCAGUCUCAACUCCUUGAUUCGUCGCUACCUUCCCUGGGAAGAAGCUGAUAAACUAAUACCAGUCAUUGGUGCAGACAACAAGAUAUACCCAAAACUGUAGACUGCUACCACUUUGAUCAUGUGGUUCAAUAUUGGUGAUUUAAUACCAGUCAUUGGAUUGGACAACAAAAUAUACACUGAAAUUAACACAGCUUUUUCCUUGUGGUUUAUAAUUGAUGAUUUAAGUCCAGGCAUUGGGGCAGAGAACAUAAUAUAUCUUAAAUUAAAAACUGCUAUGGACCACAUUCGGAGCAGGCAACAAAACAUUCUAUAAACUAGACCAUGUGGUUCAAAAUUGGUGAUUUUAGAGCAGUCAUUGAGGCAGACAAAAAGAUAUACAUGUUCUACCACCAGUAUCAAAACUGUCAUAGCAGCAGACAAUAAAAUAUACCUAAACUGUUGACCGCUGUCACAGUGGUUCAAAACUGUCAACUCAUAUGUGAUCAUGCUUGUUAAAAUAUAUAUUUGUAUGUCAGAAGAUUUUUUUUUUUUUAAUAAUUAUGGUGCCUAUAAUAUAUGUAUUUUAAUAUGUAGCUUGACCAUGAUGGUUAUGUAUCAAUUCCUUUUCAUUUUUUGAAUUGAGAUUUUAAGUCUGGAUCGACAGUCAUGUUACAUACAAGGCAAGGAUAUGAUCAUCAAGGAUAUAAUUUGGUAUUCAAUUGUGUAGAUGCAUGUAGAUAUUGUUUUGAGAUAAUGUUUGUAAAAAAUUAAUUCCUCUGUAUAACAAUUUGUUCGGUAAUUAAUUUAAUGUCAGACAAUGAUUAUCCUUUAAAGUUUGUCUUUUUCUCAAGAAAAGUCAAUGGAUUUUCAUAUUCAAAUGAAACUUGGUAUACAUGUUGCCAAGAGGUAAUACCCAUAUGUCGAACAAGGCCAAUAACUCUGACCUUAAUUAUUAUCAAGUUAUGCCCAUUUUUACUGAAAAAUACAUCCAAUUUCUUUCACCUUUGCUAUAACUCCGAAACUUGGUACAGACACAGACCAUACAUGUAUGUAGCUAGACCCUAACUUGGACCUUAAUUGUUGAGUUAUCCCCCUUUUUCAGGCCUUCCAGCGUUCCUACUUUUUCCUACUUUUUUUAACAGCUUCCUACUUUUUUCUAAAAAACUCCUACUAUUCCUACUUUUUUGAAAAUAAAGUCCGCAAAAAUAUUUAAGUUUGAUCAUUGUGCUAGUUUUAUUUGCAAAAAAUGAACAAAAGAUGUCAAACUGGCUGGUUUCUGUUGUUGAAAGGUGUGGCAACAUGUUCCACUUUGACAUGCAUCAUCUUUCAUAAUAAAGGCUGAGGGAUGAUGAACACACAGUUCAGCAACAGAAACCGACCAAGGAUCAUUCACUAAAACAUUCAAUGUGGCAUAUAGAAAGGUAUGAUUUUGCAUUAAAAACAUCUCUUCUAGGUAAGUUGAUAGCUAUUAAUAAUUACAUAUUUAACCAAAAAUAUUCCUUCUUUUCCUACUUUUUUGUAAAAAAAAUUCCUACUAUUUCCUUCUUUUCUCUCAGUAAACCUCCUACUUUUUUGUUAGUGGCUGCUGGAAGGCCUGCCCUUUUUCAAAAACAAUUACAGACGAGUGAUUGCAAUCAGUUCACGGUAUUCUUAAUUAGUUUCUUUGUUAUUUAGCAGGCUCACCAAUUACCAUCAGAUAUUUUGUUACAGUAACACUGGACAAGUUAAUUUCUGUGCAUUAUUUAUGUAAGUCAUAUAAUGAUUAAAAUAUUAUACUAGUA